AUGGUUUUAGCUCAGCGUCAAAAAGAGGAGCUCAACAGAGCUAUUGCCGAUUAUUUAUUUGCUAAUGGAUACGUCAAAGCUCUGAAUGCCUUCAGAGAAGAGUCGCAACUGGCAGGAGAAAAUGACCGAAAAUAUGACGGCCUACUAGAGAAAAAGUGGACUUCCGUCAUCAGGCUUCAGAAAAAGGUCAUGGAUUUAGAAGCUAAGCUUAACGAGGCUGAGAAGGAGUUUCAGUCUAUGCAAAAUGCUAUUGGUUUUGGUGUAGCAGGUGCUGCACCUGGAAGUGGUCUUUCAGACAGGAGUGAUCGACGUGAUGUUGAUGCUAUUCCAAGACCUCCAGCUAAGUUUACACUUACAGGUCAUCGUUCUCCGAUAACUCGUGUACUCUUUCAUCCACACUACAAUGUUUUUGUUUCGGCAAGUGAAGAUGCCUCAAUCAAAGUUUGGGAUUAUGAAACUGGAGAGUUUGAGCAUACCUUAAAGGGCCAUACAGAUUCCGUGCAAGACGUAGCCUUUGAUCCAUCAGGAAAGUUUUUGGCUUCAUGCUCCGCCGACAUGCAAGUUAAAUUAUGGGAUUUUACAAUCUAUCAGUGCAUCAAAACUCUGACUGGUCAUGAUCAUAAUGUAUCCAGUGUAGCGUUUCUACCUUCUGGUGACUUCUUAGUCAGUGCAAGUAGAGAUAAAACGAUUAAAAUGUGGGAAGUAUCUACAGGAUAUUGUACGAAGACUUUCAUCGGUCAUACUGAGUGGAUCCGAUCAGUUCGCCCAAGUCCAGAGGGGAAUCUUUUGGCCAGCUGUUCCAAUGAUCAUACUAUUCGGAUCUGGUCUGUAGAAUCGCGCGAAUGUCAAGUUGUACUACGUGGUCAUGAACACGUAGUUGAAUGUAUUGCUUGGGCUUCUCAUCCACAAAGUAUAUUAGCAAUAAAUAGUUCUGAUGGUGGCGAUUCUACUAAUUUUACUAAUGAUGGAUUUGUCAAUGCCACAACAAAUGGAAUUUCUACAGACUUAAAUUCUUUACCUUCGAGUAUGAAUUCAUCUUUGUUACUUGUAUCGGGUUCACGCGAUAGGACUAUUCGUUUUUGGGAUGUAAAUAUUGGUAUUUGCUUGUUUGUUCUCAUCGGUCAUGAUAAUUGGGUUAGACAACUUGUAUUUCACCCUCACGGUAGACUUUUAUUGUCUGCCUCUGACGACAAGACAAUUCGAGUUUGGGAUUUGAAAAAUAGGCGAUGUCACAAAACAUUAAAUGCCCAUUCACAUUUCGUUACCUCUUUAGAUGUUAAUCGUUUAGCUCCUUAUGCUAUAACGGGUAGUGUUGAUCAAACAAUUCAUAUUUGGGAUUGUCGAUAA